CGGGGAGCGUUUCCGGCUGCGUGGGACGGGCGCGUGCGGCCUUUUCUUCGGCAGCCGCCAUGGUGCAGCUGCACGUGCUGUUCGAGCACGCGGCGGGCUACGCGCUGCUGGCGGUGCGGCCGACGGAGGAGGUGCAGCUGCUGCAGCCGCAGGUGGAGGAGAGCGCGCUGAGCCUGGGCCGCUUCCUGACCCUGGUGCGCCUCGAGGCCUUCUCGCCCUUCCGCUCCGCCCAGGCUGCGCUGGAGAACAUGAACGCCGUCUCGGAGGGGCUGCUGCACGAAGACCUGCGGCUGCUGCUGGAGACGAGCCUGCCGGCCAAGAAGAAGAAGGUCCUGCUGGGCGUGGGCGACCCCAAGAUUGGCGCCGCCAUCCAGGAGGAGCUGGGCUACCCGUGCCAGACGGGCGGCGUGGUGGCCGAGCUCUUGCGAGGGAUCCGCCUGCAUUUCCACAGCCUGAUCAAGGGCCUGACCGCCCAGGCGGCCUCCAAGGCCCAGCUCGGGCUCGGACACAGCUACUCCCGCGCCAAGGUGAAGUUCAACGUCAACCGGGUGGACAACAUGAUCAUCCAGUCCAUCAGCCUCCUGGACCAGCUGGACAAGGAUAUCAACACCUUCUCCAUGCGGGUCAGAGAGUGGUACGGCUAUCACUUCCCAGAGCUGAUCAAGAUCGUGAGCGACAACUACACCUACUGCCGCUUGGCCAAGCUAAUCGGGAAUCGCAAGGAACUGAGCGAGGAGAGCCUGGAGGCCUUGGAGGAAGUUGUCAUGGACUCUGCCAAGGCUCAAGCCAUUCUGGAUGCCUCCCGCUCCUCCAUGGGAAUGGACAUCUCGCCCAUUGACCUCAUCAACAUCGAGAGCUUCUCCAGCCGAGUCAUCUCCCUCUCCGAGUAUCGCAAAGGUUUGCAGGAGUAUCUCCGCUCCAAAAUGAACCAGGUGGCUCCCAGCCUCUCGGCCUUAAUUGGAGAAGUGGUGGGGGCUCGUCUCAUCUCCCAUGCAGGCAGCUUGACCAACCUGGCCAAGUACCCAGCCUCGACAGUUCAGAUCCUGGGGGCAGAGAAGGCCCUCUUCAGGGCCCUGAAGACCCGGGGAAACACCCCCAAGUACGGCCUGAUAUUUCACUCCACCUUCAUUGGGCGAGCAGCGGCCAAGAACAAAGGGCGCAUCUCUCGCUACCUGGCCAACAAGUGCACCAUCGCCUCUCGCAUCGACUGCUUCUCAGAAGUGCCAACCUCUGUCUUUGGGGACAAGCUGCGGGAACAAGUGGAGGAGCGCCUGGCCUUCUAUGAAACCGGGGAGGUUCCUCGCAAGAACCUGGAGGUCAUGAAGGAGGCUGUGGAGGAGGCUUCGGAAGUAGCAGCUGCCAUCAAAAGGAAGCUGGAGAAAAAGCAAAAGAAGAAACUGAAGCAGGAGAAGAAGCGCCUGGAGGCUUUGGCGGCGGCUGCAGAAGCAGCCGAGAUGCAGAACUCCUCGCUCCUGGAGUCUCCCGAACAGGAGAACGAGGGGAAGGCCAAGAGGAAGAAAAGGAAGUCCCAAGAGGUGGAGCCAGAACCCACCAACAACGGCCUGGGAGACGAAGAAGCGCCUUUGCCCAAGAAGAAGAAGCACCGGCAGUCUCCGGUGGUAGCGGUGGCAGAGGAGUCCCCAGCCCCCCAGGGGAAGAAGACGAAGAAGAAAGCCAGGGUGGAAGAGGACAACAACUAGAGCACACAGGGAAUCCAGCCGAUGCAAAGUCCGUCCAAUUUCGCUUCUUCAAGCAAAGCUUUGGGGUAUUUUUUUCCCCACAACCCAGAACUUUUAAAGCAACGAGACGGCAGCCCACUGGGCAUCUCUGACGUGUGGAAGGAAGGCUGCUCUGAGGGAGACCAGACAAGGCAGCUAUGGACGGCCAGGCUUCUCCCCAAAGGCAGACAGGAAUGCUCUGGGCUUCUGGCAGAGGGAGGAGGAGGAGGAGAAGCGGGUCGGGCCGAGACCGCCCACGAGUCCCUGCGCUUGUCCCAUCAGUGGGGAUAUGGGGCUCUAGCAGGAGCGCCUGCUGCAGGACUGGAAACCCAAAUGGUCUUUAACUCACGUGAUGUAGUAAUAAAAUGCGCUACUUUUUUGUACAG